AUGUCCGUCUUUCCUGGUGUCGAAGAAAUCACUCCAGAUUAUUUGGAAACUGCUUAUGAUAAAGAUAUCCCACAAGAACACAUCUAUGGUCCUUUCAAACCAGAUCCACAAAAUUUAAAACAUCAUGAUGUUAAUUCAUUAGCUCAAGGUUGGUUAGUUGAAUUUAAUCAAACAUUAUCCCAGAUUGCUAAAGAUCCAAAUCAAUUGGAUAAAUUCCUUUUACCACAUACUGGUUGGAAAGAUCAUUUAUCUUUAACUGAUGACCUUAGAACUUUUAUAAAUCCAAAUGAAAUUAAAGCCAAUGUUCCAAAAAAUAUUGAUAAGAUUGGUGAAUUUCAAUUUGAUAAACAAGCUGAUUAUAGAUAUCCAACUGGUAUUUCAUUAACCACUGUACACGAGGGUGAUGAACACACACCACCAAUUCAAUGGAUUCAAUUAUAUUUAAAAUAUAAAUCAAAUUUUGGUAUUGGUCGUGGUUCAAUUAAAUUAGUUAGUGUGGAAUCAAAUGAUGAUGCUCCAAUUGGUUUGAAAAUCCUAAGUGUUUUCACCUUGUUGGAUGAAUUUGAUGGUAUACCUGAACAAAUUGGCCGUAAUAGACCAACUGGUACAAAACAUGGUGAAAAUAUUCAAAGAAAAACGUGGUUAGAACAAAGAUCUGAUGAAACAAAUUAUCAAGGAGAUCAUCAACCCCUAGCCUUGCUUGUCGGUGGUGGUCAAUCUUCAAUCACCAUAGCUGCAAGAUUAAAAUCAUUUGGUUAUAAUGUCCUAAUUGUGGAAUCUAAUUUAAAUAUUGGUGAUAAUUGGAGAAAACGUUAUAAAUUUUUAUCAUUACAUGAUCCUUUUUAUUAUCAUAGAUUACCUUAUAUUCAUUCAGAUACUUUCCCAAUAUAUCCAUCAAAAGAUCAAUUUGCAAAUUUCUUGGAAUGUUAUGCCAAAAUGCUUGAAUUAAAUAUUUGGUUAAAUACAUCAGUUACAAAAGCUGGGUUUAACUCAGAUACAAAAAAAUGGGAAGUUUCAGUUGUAAAUAAUUCAACAAAUGAUGUUAAAAAAAUUUUCCCAAAUCAUUUAAUUUUUUGUACAGGACAUUCAGGUGAACCAAACAUUCCACAUUUCCCAGGAGAAUCAAAAUUUAAAGGAGAAAUUGUUCAUUCAUCUCAACAUACAUCAGGUGCAAAUUACCAAGGUAAAAAAGCCCUAGUUGUUGGUGCAUGUAAUUCAUCUCAUGAUAUAUGUCAAGAUUUUUAUGAACAAGGUAUCAAAGAAGUUACAAUGUUACAAAGAUCUUCAACUUGUGUUAUUUCAUCAGAUGAUGGUGUUCGUACUAAUUGUGAAGGUGUUUUCGAUGCCGAGGGACCACAAAUUGAUACUGCUGAUGUUUUGCUUCAUGGUAAUCCAAUUUGGUUAACAAAUGCAAUAAUGAGACAACAAUAUAGAAAAUCUUCAAAAUUGGAUGGGAAAUUAUUAACAGGUUUGAAAAAACAAGGUUUUGAAACAAAUGCUGGGAUGGGUGGUACUGGUUUAUUUGGAUUGUAUUAUCGUCGUGGUUCAGGUUAUUAUAUUGAUGUUGGUUGUUCAACUUUAAUCAUUGAAAAUAAAGUUAAAGUUUCCCAUGGAGAAAUCCAAGAAUUUACCGAGAAUGGAGUUAUAUUAAAAGAUGGUUCUAAAAUUGAUGGAUUAGAUAUCGUGGUCUUAGCAACGGGUUAUACAAAUAUGAAAGAAACUGCUAAAAAAAUUGUUGGUGAAGAAAUUGGUUCACAAUUAAAUCCUGUUUGGGGGUUUGAUAAAGAAGGUGAAUUUAAGAGUAUUUGGAGACGUUCAGGUUUUGAAAAUUUUUGGUUUCAUGGUGGGAAUUUAGCUAUGGUUAGGUAUAUGUCUAAAAGAUUAGCUUUACAAAUUAUUGCUAAACAAGAGGGAAUUAAGUAUCAGAACUUGCUCUAG